UAUAACACACAGACCCCUGCCCUAUAUCACACACAGACCCCUGCCCUAUAUGUCACUGCUGUUCCUGCUUCUCAGUCGGACUCUCACACAAGUAAAAUCUCCGUUAGAGAGAAAUCCCCCAGAGCUGGAGCUGCUCAGUAACCCGAUAGGAGGCAGCAACUGAUCUGAGAACCUAAAAAUAAUCCGGCGCCGCUCGUGUCCGAGGUCCUACAGCAGCAACAGCGGGUGGGCAGUGGCAUCACGGUAAUUUUAUGAUAACGUAACCUAAGGUUUCCUUAGAAGAGAUCAUAAGACGAGUGACACCCAGCGUCAGUAAUGUUUCCCCAUCAGCUGUGAAAACAAAGGUGAUUACCUGUACAUCAGUUCCAAAACGUCAAAGCAUUUAGAUGAGAAAUGAGCCUCUCAUUCUGCGGCAGCACCACAAACUCCUCCUACAAUGUCAACAACGGGAUACUGAACAACAUCUGCUUCCUGGACGCACUAAACCUUGUUCCUCACGUUUUCCUUCUAUUUAUAACAUUUCCAAUAUUAUUUAUUGGGUGGGGAAGUCAAAGCUCAAAGGUCCAGAUUCACCAUAACACCUGGCUCCAUUUCCCGGGACAUAGUCUACGAUGGAUUUUAACGUUUGCCCUAUUGUUUGUCCAUGUGUGCGAAAUAGCAGAAGGCAUAGUCUCAGAUACGUACAUGGGAUCGCGCCACUUACAUCUGUUCAUGCCAGCGAUUAUUGGGUUUAUAGCUGCGACAACCUCUAUCAUUUAUUACCAUAACAUUGAAACUUCAAAUUUUCCAAAGCUGCUCUUAGCUCUCUUCCUUUACUGGGUAUUGGCUUUUGUUGCAAAGACUAUCAAGUUAGUGAAAUACUGUGAACAUGGUAUUGGCAUCCCUCAGUUGCGGUUCUGUAUCACUGCGAUGAUGGUCAUUCUUUAUGGGCUGUUGAUGACAGUGGAGAUUAAUGUCAUUCGAGUUAGGAAAUACGUGUUUUUUAAAAACCAGCAGAAGGUGAAACCUCCAGAAGAUCUCCAGGAUUUAGGUGUGAGAUUUCUUCAGCCAUUUGUGAAUUUGCUUUCAAAAGCCACUUAUUGGUGGAUGAAUCCCCUCAUCAUCUCUGCUCACAGAAGGCCGAUAGACCUGAAAACCAUUGGAAAGCUUCCUAUAGCCAUGAGGGCACUUACCAACUACAUCAGUUUGAAAGAUGCAUAUGAAGAACAAAAGAAGAAAGUAGCGGAGAUACCAGGCAAGAAUCCAUCUAUCUGGCGGGCCAUGUACACAGCAUUCGGACGAUCCAUCCUGCUGAGCAGUACCUUCCGUUACCUGGCAGACUUGUUGGGAUUUGCUGGUCCACUCUGCAUUUUACGAAUUGUUCAGCAUAUGGUUCCAUUGGGUGGGAAUAAAUCUACUGAAGAGUCGCCACAGGGCUUGCUACAGACUUCAUUUAUUAGCGUUCAUUUCCUAUCAUCCAAGCAAUUCCUAGAAAAUCCCUAUGUCCUGGCGGUGCUUUUAUUUUUGUCUCUCAUACUGCAGAGGACCUUUUUACAAGCGUCUUACUACGUAACCAUAGAAACAGGCAUCAAUCUCCGCGGAGGGUUACUAGCGAUGAUCUAUAACAAGAUAUUGAGACUCUCGACGUCCAACAUGUCCAUGGGGGAAAUGACUCUGGGUCAGAUUAAUAACCUGGUGGCCAUAGAAACCAACCAGCUGAUGUGGUUCCUGUUUCUGUGCCCCAACCUCUGGGCAAUGCCUGUUCAGAUCAUAAUGGGCGUCAUCUUGUUGUUUCAUCUUCUGGAAUACAGUGCCCUGGUGGGAGCCGCGGUCAUUGUCCUACUUGCCCCAAUUCAGUAUUUCAUUGCAACCAAACUGGCUGAGGUUCAAAAGAACACACUUGAUUAUUCCACUGAGAGACUAAAGAAAACCAAUGAGAUCCUGAAGGGUAUAAAGCUACUGAAGCUGUACGCCUGGGAGAAUAUCUUCUGCUCCAGCGUAGAAGACACGAGGAUGAAGGAGCUGACGAGUCUGAAAACCUUCGCUCUGCACACGUCUCUGUCCAUUUUUAUGAACGCAGCGAUCCCCAUUGCAGCGGUGCUUGCAACGUUUGUGACUCACGCGUAUGUGAGUAACACUCCGCUCACACCAGCAAAAGCUUUUGCGUCACUGUCGUUAUUUCACAUCUUAGUGACACCUCUCUUCCUGCUGUCUACGGUGGUGCGAUUCGCUGUGAAGGCCCUUGUCAGUGUACAAAAAUUAAAUGAAUUCUUUACAAGUGAUGAGCUUAAAGAAGAGAACUGGAGAACAUUGGAGUCGCCGUCUCUAUUUGAUGCGUGCAGGAAGCACCCGGGCUUGCAAUCAAGAGCCAUUAACAGAAAACAGCCGCUGAGGUACCAGAUGGACAGAUAUGAGACAACCUCUCGGAGACAAGUCCGACACUCUGACACUGAGGAAACAGCAAUCAAGGUGUAUAAUGGCUGCUUCUCCUGGGGAAGUGGUUUGGCCACAUUAUCCAACAUUGAGAUUCAGAUACCCACAGGGGAUCUGACAAUGAUCGUGGGUCAAGUUGGUUGUGGGAAGUCCUCGCUUUUACUUGCAAUAUUGGGUGAGAUGCAGACGUUAAAGGGCACAGUCUGCUGGAACAAAAUUCCUGAAGGUGAAUUGACUCCAAAUGGAUGCACAAGUGUAAGUGAGAGCGACGCUGCCUGUGACGCAGACGGCAGCAAAAACAGAAAUUCCGUAGCUUACGCUGGUCAGAAGCCGUGGCUGCUAAAUGCAACAGUAGAAGAGAACAUAACAUUCGGUAGCCCCUUCAUCAAGCAAAGGUAUAAAACGGUGACAGACGCCUGCUCUCUGCAGCCUGAUAUUGACCUCUUACCAUUUGGUGACCAGACUGAGAUUGGAGAAAGGGGGAUAAAUCUUAGCGGUGGCCAGAGGCAACGAAUUUGCGUAGCACGAGCACUUUAUCAGACAACCAAUAUAGUCUUUCUGGACGACCCAUUUUCAGCCCUUGAUAUUCAUCUAAGCGAUCACCUGAUGCAAGAAGGGAUUUUGAAGUUUCUUAGUAACGACAAACGGACGGUGGUUCUUGUUACACACAAACUGCAGUACCUCCCUCACGCAGAUUGGAUCAUAGCUAUGAAGGAUGGUUCGAUUCUGAGAGAGGGAACGCUAAAGGACAUCCAGAAUAAUGACAACGAGCUCUAUGAACACUGGAAAACCCUGAUGAACCGUCAGGAUCAGGAACUGGAGAAGGAUACCGAUGCUGAUCAGGCAACUAUGGAGAGGAAAACUCUUCGCAGGGCUAUGUACUCCAGGGAAGCCAAGGUGCAGUCUGAGGAUGAGGGGGAAGAGGAAGAGGAGGAGGAAGAUGAGGAAGAUAAUAUGUCUACAGUAAUGCGGCUCAGGACUAAGAUGCCUUGGAGGACGUGCUGGAGAUACCUGACUUCGGGUGGUUACUUCUUGCUCUUCCUGAUGAUUAUCUCUAAGCUGCUGAAACAUUCAGUGAUUGUGGCCAUAGACUACUGGCUGGCUCACUGGACAUCCAAGGCAAACAACAUCAGCAAUUCCACUGAGAGCGCCUACAAUACGACGGAAGCCAGAGACCGGCCACACUACGUCGCUUGGUUCAGUUUUCUCAGUGCAUUAGGUAUUAUCUUGUGCCUUAUUACAUCGCUCACUGUGGAGUGGAUGGGACUCACUGCGGCCAAAAACCUUCAUGACAAUCUCCUGAAAAAGAUUAUUCUGGCUCCCAUUAGGUUCUUUGACACAACCCCACUGGGCCUCAUCUUAAAUAGAUUUUCUGCUGAUACGAACAUUAUUGAUCAGCACAUUCCGCCUACUCUGGAGUCUCUUACCAGAUCCACCUUGCUAUGCCUCUCAGCCAUUGGCGUUAUCUCUUAUGCAACGCCAAUCUUUCUGGUUGCUCUUGUACCUUUGGGGAUCGCUUUUUAUUUUAUCCAGAAAUAUUUCAGAGUUGCAUCAAAAGACCUUCAGGAGUUGGAUGACAAUACCCAGCUGCCAUUGCUGUGCCACUUCUCUGAGACGGCAGAGGGACUUACCACUAUCCGUGCAUUCAGGCACGAGGCCAGAUUCAAGCAGCGUAUGCUGGAACUGAUUGACACAAACAACAUGGCUUAUUUGUUUUUGUCGGCUGCCAACAGAUGGCUGGAGGUCAGAACGGAUUACCUGGGAGCGUGCAUUGUCCUCACGGCUGCAGUUGCUUCUGUACAUCAGGGGAUUACAUCUGCGAUGGUCGGCUUGGGCCUUACUUAUGCAUUAACGGUGACAAAUUAUAUGAACUGGGUUGUAAGGAACUUGGCUGAUCUGGAAGUCCAGAUUGGUGCAGUGAAGAAAGUGAACAGUUUUCUGAGCAUUGAGUCUGAGGUUUAUGAAGGAACCAUAGAUCCACAGCAAGUUCCUGAUGAUUGGCCGAAGGAUGGGGAAAUAAAAAUCAAUGAUUUAUGUGUAAGAUACGAAAAUAACCUGAAGCCAGUGCUAAAACACGUAAAGGCUUACAUUAAGCCAGGACAGAAGACGCAAUAGUAACGGAGGGCGGGGAGAAUUUCAGUGUCGGACAGAGGCAGCUGUUCUGCCUGGCCAGAGCCUUUGUACGUAAGAGCAGCAUACUUAUAAUGGAUGAAGCUACGGCGUCGAUAGAUAUGGCUACAGAAAAUAUUUUGCAGAAGGUUGUAAUGACGGCUUUUGCUGAUCGCACUGUUGUAACCAUUGCUCAUCGAGUUCAUACGAUUCUCACCGCAGACCUGGUGAUCGUUAUGCGCAGAGGGAUUAUCCUAGAGUAUGACACCCCAGGGAGCCUUCUGGCGCAGGAAGACGGAAUUUUUGCUUCCUUUGUUCGAGCCGAUAUGUGAACGAUUUUUAAGCUGCAUGAAAUAUUUUAUAGCCUUUUUUUAAACGAAGUGUUCAUAUUUUAUAUUUAAAGAGAGCACGGCCGUAUACAUGGCUGACCCAUAUCUCCUUUAUAUAUUUUACAAUAUUUGUAUGGCACAUAGAAAUAAAGUUUUCUUCACUGUU